UAAGUCCUGUCCUCCCCCAAAAUCUCCCCCUCAUUAGACACUCUGCACUUGUGCUUUGAACCAACGCUGUGAGGUGCCUCUUCUGUCUUCUUAACUCAUAAUCACAACCGUCUCCAACCUCUCGGAAACCAAUGGCUGCCGCCAUGUCCACCAUCGGCGCUGUCAACCGUGUUCCGUUGAGCUUAAAUGGGUCAAGCAGUGGAGCUUCAAGCUCAGCCUUCAUGGGCAGCAACUUGAAGAAAGUGAGCUCAAGAUCUAGCAACUCCAAGGCUUCGAGCGGAUCCUUCAAGAUCGUGGCCGCGAAAGGGGGAGACUACGAAGAGGAGAAGCAGACCAAAAAGGACAAGUGGAGAGGCCUUGCCUACGACAUCUCCGACGACCAACAAGACAUCACCAGAGGCAAGGGUAUGGUCGACUCCCUCUUCCAAGCCCCCAUGGAAAGCGGUACUCACUACGCCGUCAUGAGCUCUUAUGAGUACAUCAGUACUGGACUUCGCCAGUACGACUAUGACAACACCUUGGACGGUUUCUACAUCGCCCCUGCUUUCAUGGACAAGCUUGUUGUUCACAUCACUAAGAACUUCAUGACUUUGCCCAACAUCAAGGUUCCUCUUAUUUUGGGUAUUUGGGGAGGCAAAGGUCAGGGAAAAUCCUUCCAGUGUGAGCUUGUCUUUGCCAAGAUGGGAAUCAACCCCAUCAUGAUGAGCGCCGGAGAACUGGAAAGCGGGAACGCCGGAGAGCCUGCGAAGCUGAUCAGGCAGAGGUACCGUGAGGCGGCGGACAUCAUCAAGAAGGGAAAGAUGUGCGCCCUCUUCAUCAACGAUCUCGACGCCGGAGCCGGUCGUAUGGGCGGGACCACCCAGUAUACUGUCAACAACCAGAUGGUUAACGCCACCCUUAUGAACAUCGCCGACAGUCCUACCAACGUGCAGCUCCCUGGAAUGUACAACAAGGAAGAGAACCCCCGUGUCCCCAUCGUCGUCACCGGAAACGACUUCUCCACCUUGUACGCUCCCCUCAUCCGUGACGGUCGUAUGGAGAAGUUCUACUGGGCCCCCACCCGCGAGGACCGCAUCGGUGUCUGCAUUGGAAUCUUCCGCAGCGACAACGUCCCGAAGGAGGACAUCGUCAAGAUUGUCGACUCCUUCCCUGGCCAAUCCAUCGAUUUCUUUGGUGCUCUGAGGGCGAGAGUUUACGACGACGAAGUGAGGAAGUGGGUCUCCGGUGUCGGAGUUGAGAGCGUGGGGAAGAAGCUCGUGAACUCGAAGGAAGGACCACCGACCUUCGAGCAGCCAAAGAUGACCUUGGAGAAGCUGCUCGAGUACGGAAACAUGCUUGUGCAAGAGCAAGAGAAUGUCAAGAGAGUCCAAUUGGCCGACAAGUACUUGAGCGAGGCUGCUCUUGGUGAUGCAAACAGAGAUGCCAUGGAAAGAGGAGCUUUCUAGAGUUAAUCCUCUAGACGCCUUGAUGGGAGGCAAAGCAGCCCAGCAAGUAAAUGUUUCUGUUACUGAAGGUUGCACCUAUCCGACGGCUAGGACUGAUGAUGGUAGCUGCUUAUAUACUUUCUAUUUCUAAAGGCCUUUGUCUAGAUUGCUUCAAUUUGGAAGAAGGACCUCCGUUUCUUUUUUUUUUUUCUUUUUUUUCCUCUUUUAAGGAUGUUAAUAAAAACAAUCAUGUUGUUUCACUUUCUUUCAAUGGGAUUGGUAAUCCUCUAAUUUUUGUGUUACAUUGUUACAA